AUGUAUGGGGUGCUAAACGUGCCACAUACUGGGUACAGCCGAGCCUUGGGGUUUACAGACAAGAAGAAGAAAAAGCGCAUGAACGCACAUAUAUGGUGAUCUUUCUCGAGUUGCCUCGUGUCCAAGAAAUCUUUACUCUACUCAUUUGCUUCUAUAUAUUCACAAGCAUCCACUAUUUGUUCCUACUGGCCAUGCGUCCAGGACUGGAUGAAUUAAUCAAGAAGUUACUCACGACCUUCAAUGUAGAUAUUCUUUGCCUUUCUUUCCCCAUUUUUUCUCCAGGAAAGCGGAAAGCCGUGGCGAUCUUUGAUAUCAAAGUGACGACUAACUUAGUACGGAGACCUCCAGAACGUGGUGGCGCAUCCCAAAACAUGCAAUGAACGGCAAGUCAUGGAAGAAUUCAAUGGUUGGAUAUCAAUUUAGAAAGU